AUGGGCGACUCGUACCGCCCAAGCGACCAGUUCAUAGGCCACGGCCGCCGUGACGGAGGAGUACCGCGCAAACGUGACGAAGGCCAGCAUCGUGCAGCAGACGACUUCAAGAUCCGUGGACGUGCUACCGAGCAGAACCGCGACAUGCCCAUCGAACAGAGCCACAACAUGCCCACCGAGCAGAGCCGCGACAUGCCCACCGAGGAAAACCGCGAACGAAACGACGAGCAAUAUCGUGUGCGAGACUAUCAUGUGUCCAAUUAUUCUCAGCAAGAUUAUGCCCGUCGCGACCAUUCUCGGAGCUACAACGACAGCCGGACAAGCCAGCCCACGCGCCACAGGAGCCGCUCGCCACGUCAGAGAUCCUACCUCAACAACCGCUCAUAUCGUGACUAUGGGGCAGCCGUAGACGAGCGCAGAGGGCCCCCCGCUGCUGAAGUAUAUCGGCCACCGUCCGGAGGCGCCGAGUACGAUCGAACGAGUUUCCGUCAGGACUACAGCGCCAACUCAUCCGCCUACCGCAACGAGCUGGAUCGCCCAUCGCAGCGUUACGGCCGUCCACAGCAGGAUUAUCCUCGUGACUCACCGUACAGCCAGCCCUAUGCGCAGCAGCGUUACGGCCAUCCGCAGCACGACUAUCACCACGGCUCAACGUACCACGGCCCUCCCCAAUCGCAGAGUUACGGUCAUCAGCAACAGGACUACCGCCGUGGCUCACCAUACGACAGGCCCCCUACACCACCACCGGUGGACGGCAGCAAGGACGUAGCAGACGACGACAGCCAGCCGUUCAUGGUAAUUCUUGUGCGCGGUAUGAAGAACACUACCACUGAAGCCGUGUUCGCCAAAGGACUUGAGAAGCUCUAUCACAAGUCUGCCGACGCCGACGGCGGUGCCACCCCGAAUAGCUUGAAGCGCGUUCUGCUCAUUCGCGACCGCAAGACAGACGCAAGCAUGGGCUACGGAUUUGCCGAGUACUUCGAGACAACAGAUGCCAAACUGGCCAUCGAAAAGGCCAGGAAGCUCUUGCACCACGGCAAGCUCACCAUUGCGUCGACGCAGAUCGCUGUUUACUUCCCGCACUUGGGUGUCUUUCCACCUGAUUCAGCUGACGGCAAGCCGGAGUUCAACGAGAAGUUCAAGUUUCUAUGGCGGAGCGGCGCGGAGCACAAAUACCACAACCGCAACUACUACGCCUCCAUUCACGACGUGAACGCCAUUUCACCCCACCCAUCAGCUAGGCCCACGACGGCCACCAGCGAAUCCGAGAAGGGAUCGACAUCGAAGGGCAAGACCAAGAAGAAGAGAAAGCAGAAGACUUCAGACAUCGGUCAAUUACCCAUGUUCAGCUUGUGGAACAACAGGCAAGCAGAGCUACGCGGAGAAGAGACGCAUGCCGAGCCUGCUCCUGCUCCUCCACCUGCAGUACAGACAUUCUGCCACGGCCUCGUCUGCUACCUCUGCUUCUCCAAGCUCAACUCGGCGGAACAUGUCAAUCUCCAUUUGCGCGGCAGCACGAAGCACGCCGAGGGCCUGGAGAACGAAAAAGAUGUCGCCAAGGCGUACGAAAGGCUGGCGAGCAUGGGUAUCGACCCCUCCUCCACCAUCCCGUCGUCCGCGCUGCCACCACAGCCGCUGCAGAACCCGGCAGCGCAGCCCGCGGCGGCGGAGAAGUGGGUCGACCGCGCGGCCAUGCGUCGCGAGCAGGAAGCUGCGACCUCCGCGGCCCCCGCCAAGAUCCCUUCCUUCUCGCUGAAGGGGAAGGGCAGCGGCGCCCGUACAGCGACCGCCAGCACCACCUCCUCCGCCCCAGCCCCGGAGAAGCCGACCUACGGCAAGGCGGCCAACAUGCUCGCCAAGCAUGGCUGGACCGAAGGUCAGGGGCUGGGUGCGGCUGGAGAGGGUCUCGCGGCGCCGAUCGAGGCGUCGGCCUAUUCUCGUGGGGUGGGGUUGGGCGCGGAGGGGGGCAAGGUGGGAGACGCGGCGGUCGAGGCGUCGAAGGGGUAUGCGGAGGCGGCGAGGGAUAAGGCGAGGGCGAGGCUGCAGGGGAUGUAG